AUGGGCUAUGAUCUGGAGAGGUUUGUGGGUUAUGUCAAUGAGGGUCUUCUGUGCUGUGUGUGUCGAGAUGUGCUGGAGCGCCCCCUCCAGGCGCCCUGCGAACACGCCUACUGCAGCGCCUGCAUCAGCAGCUGGCUGGUCCAUCACCCCUCCUGUCCCGAGGACAGACUCCCAUUGGAUGUGGGCAGUCUCAAACCAUUAUACAGGUACAUGCGUAAUGACCUGAGCCGUCUGCAGAUCCGUUGUGUGAAUGUGGGGCAGGGUUGCGAGGUGGUCUGCACCCUGGAGAGCCUGCACACACACGAGGACGAGUGCGAGUUCGCUUUUGUGUCAUGCUCUAACACAGGUUGUCCUGUGCAGGUGGAGAGGCGGGUUUUGGAGGCUCACCUGUCAGAAUGUAACUUCCGCAGCAGGGAGUGUCCCAACGGCUGUGGCCACACCCUCCUCUCCAUCGACCAAUCACAGCAUAACUGUGUAGCAGAGCUGCGCACAGAGGUGGAGAUGCUCAGGGCAGAGAUGCUGUGCAAGGUGGAGGAGGUGAGACGAGAGAUGGAGUCUCGGUUGGACUCGCAGAGGAGACACAUGGUGCAGAAAGAGUCGCAGCUGAAGAACGACGUGGAGGAGCUAAAGGGCCAGCUGUCCCGUGUGAUGUGUGACAUGCGCGCCCUGUUAGGAGCAGAGCGUCUGAGGAGACAGGAGCUGGCAGAAGCGGAGCUGGAGAAGAGGGAACUGCUGGAGCUCCUCAGAGACCUGCAGCCGACCAGGAGUCAGCAUCCCGUCGAGCAGGCAUCCAGAGAGCAGCAUCAGCAGAUGUCUGCAUGGGAGCUUCACACCGAGCCCUCCAGGCACCAGCAGAGAGAGGCGUCUUUACACGUCUCCAGUCUGUCACUGCAUUCAGCUCAGGCCAUGAAUACACCCGGUCCACCUCCAUCACCUCAGCUGGGAGAGGGGACGCGUAAGGGCGGUACGAGGAGCCUGACUCUGGACUGCAUCAAGAGGAAGAGCCGGGAGGUGACUGUCAUCUGAGGGGACCAGACUGGAGGAAGAUUAGUCAAACAGGGAGAGACUGAAUCUUUAUUUUUGUAACAUUUGGCUAACAGGGGGAUGAUUAAAAAAUAGUGUGUGUACAGUGAAGUUUUGUAGUUUCUGGAACGAUCAGUUUUAGUUGCCUGAUAUCUGAGAGUUGUCAACCUGUUUAGUUGUCUGUGAAAUGAACAAUAUGAUUUGUCUGAAAGGUCUUUCUGUGCGGUUCUAGAAACUAAAGUGGUGUUUUGAUUUUAGGCUAAUGUGAAAGUGAUCUGCUAUCAGAUCGUUGUGUAAUGCCUCAUGGAUUUUGUAUCCCUCAGGUUUGAAUUAAAAACAGUCACUUCAAGUCACUUUAUGGACUCAGGAACAAAUUAUUCCUGCUUACUCAUUAGUGAGGAAAGUUUAAUGUUUAUUAAAUUAUUUUCAGGUGUCCUGCAAUCACUUUGACACAUGAAAAUGUAUAGUUUUUUAAAGUAAUCUUUUGUAGGUUUGUUAGUCUGAAGCAAAGCUGUUCAAAGUGGUACCCAUGAGAAAAUUGCGGCCCUCAGUAAUAUUUUGUGUGGCCUGCAGUACUGACAUGAAAUGUAUGAAUUAUAGAUUGAUCAUCUGUAGUUCAUUUCAAUAUCCUACAUUUAUCUUACUCUGCUACCAUGUCAGGCCUUUGUCAGGUUAGGAAUAACAACUUGUAGAAAGAUGCUGUUUUUUUUGGUGACUAGUAGCACCUUUUGAGGAUUGCAGGAAUUUCUCCCGGUCAUCGAUGCUAGUGCUGUUAGCUAAAAUCAGCGGUUUCAAUGGACAACUCUGGAGGUUAAUAUAGAAAUGAGAUGAAAAAGCUACACAUAAACCCUGUACGGUUUAAGAGAAUAGGUUUCAGGAAAAAUGGAUUAACUCUUACAUUAUUGAACCUAACGUACAUGCACAAAAAUUAGC